AUGGCAAUGUCCAAUUGCUUUUCAGUGGAGGUUUUGGACACCAAGAAAUAUUGCUCCGCGCGCGCGAGCCAAGCGGUAGCAUUUGUUCCGUCAAAUGUAGGCAUAGACAGGGUUAAAUUGCCCCUUGUUGUUGUCGUGCUCCCGGUUGGAUCAUCAUUCGUAGGUGGAUCUGUUGAUUUGGAAGAAGAUCCUGUGGCGAGAGCAGUUCGGAUCUUUGCCAUAAAGAUAUUGAGUUCAUCGACCAUGGCGGUCACUGUCUCUGUUUUUUUUUCAGAUCUCCGUCGAUCUGGCAAAAGCAAUUCUGGAGAAAUAGAAGGCAAAGUGAGGCUAACAGGGUUAGGUGCUAGAGACAGUCUUCGUCUGGAGGCUGUCUUGUGCUUGUAUGGAAAUGACAUGGAGCAACACACAACCCCAGUAGAAGCAGGACUCACAUGGGCCAUAGGGAAGCGAAGAAGGGCGGAAGGCGGAUUCUUGGGUGCAGAAGUGAUACUGAAGCAGAUCGAACAAGGGCCAUCUAUCAGCAGAGUCGGGAUCUUCUCUGCUGGCCCGCCUGCCAGGAGUCACUGUCAGAUUCAAGACGACAAGGGCCAAAACAUAGGCGAAGUUACCAGUGGAGGGUUCAGCCCUUGUCUUAAGAAAAGUAUAGCCAUGGGGUAUGUGAAAUCCGGACACCACAAGAAUGGCACCAAACUAAAGAUUGUCGUACGAGGGAAGUCCUACGAUGGAUCCAUAACUAAAAUGCCUUUUGUUCCCACCAAGUAUUACAAGGCAUCUUGA